AUGGUGUCUCAAAAGAAAUUUGCCAAAGAUGAGAAACGCCUGGCUCAGCUGAAGGCUAAAUUGGAAGCUAAUCAGGCCAAGUUUGAAGCUGAGCGCAAGAUUGAGGAAUGGUCUGUUGCUGGUUGGAAGAGAAAAGCGGAAGCUGAAGCUGCUCUCCUUUCCGAGGAACGUAAAAACUGGAGGAGAAUUUGCGAAAAAGAUAAUGUUGAGAAGGCAAACCUCCGUAAUAUCAUUAAUAACCUCAAAGCUGAGGUUGAAAAACUGAAGAAUCAGGAUGCAGAGGUAGAAAAGUUGAAGAAGGAGAAAGCUGAUGCAGAAGCUGCGCUAGCGGAGGCGCGUUCUCAUAGGGAGCGUAGUGAGCAACGAGACGUACAAGCUUUCGCCACUCUUGCCCUUAGAGAUAAGGAGUUAGAAGAACUUACUGUUUUGGUUGCUGGUCAGGAACAACUUAAGAAGGAUCUGGAGCUUGCGCAUUCCGAGAAUACUGAAACCUCCCGCCGUUUGUCUGAAGUUGAAGAGAAGUUGGAAAAUUCAGACACGGCGCGGGUUACAGCGGAAAGUGAGCUUGAACCUUUGAAGAAUGAUAUGGCAUGGUUAAAAGAUCGCGGUAUUGCCUGUGUUGCUGAAUCUGUGUUGAACUCUGAAGAGUUAGAAAAAACCGUUGCUCGUUUAGUGGUUGCUGCGCGAAGAGAUGGGUAUGCGCAAGGAUAUGCUGAAUGUUCCCAUCAUGUGAACAGUGCUUUAAAGGUUGACUGGGAUAACAGUAAGUCUGCAACCUUCGGCGUGGAUACUGGUGCCGCGCUUGCUGCCUUGAAGACAGAGUUUAACAACUUGUAA